GGAAGUAACUGAAGUGGGAGGGGACGAAGGCCAUCUCAGCCCUGCUACGCCUGUCACGGUGAGCUGUUCGUGGAGAUUUUCUCUCCAAAUUCAUUGUGUGGCGACUCUAAUUUUAACUCCAGAAGGCACGUUAAUUCGUUUGGAGAAUCGACAAUUUGGAUCCAAGAUGACGGACUCCAAGUACUUCACCACUACCAAGAAAGGGGAGAUCUUUGAGCUCAAGGCAGAGCUAAACAGUGAUAAGAAAGAGAAGAAGAAGGAGGCUGUGAAGAAGGUCAUUGCAUCCAUGACAGUUGGCAAGGAUGUCAGUGCUCUCUUCCCAGAUGUUGUGAACUGCAUGCAGACGGACAACCUGGAACUGAAAAAACUGGUCUACCUCUACCUGAUGAACUAUGCCAAGAGUCAGCCAGACAUGGCUAUCAUGGCUGUUAAUACCUUUGUAAAGGACUGUGAAGACCCUAACCCUCUAAUCCGAGCCCUUGCUGUUCGCACAAUGGGCUGCAUCCGUGUGGACAAGAUCACUGAGUACCUCUGUGAGCCACUGAGAAAAUGUCUGAAGGAUGAAGACCCGUAUGUGAGGAAGACAGCCGCUGUGUGUGUGGCAAAGCUCCAUGAUAUCAACGCCCAGUUGGUGGAGGACCAAGGCUUCCUGGACACCCUUAAAGACCUCAUCUCUGACUCCAACCCCAUGGUUGUAGCAAACGCAGUGGCAGCGCUGUCUGAGAUAGCAGAGUCUCAUCCCAACAGUAAUUUACUGGACCUGAACCCUCAAACCAUCAACAAGUUGCUGACGGCUUUAAAUGAGUGUACAGAGUGGGGACAGAUAUUCAUUCUUGACUGCCUAGCCAAUUACACACCUCGUGAUGAUCGCGAGUCCCAAAGCAUCUGUGAGCGUGUGACCCCCCGGCUCUCCCACGCUAACUCUGCAGUGGUGUUGUCAGCUGUUAAAGUUUUAAUGAAGUUCAUGGAGAUGCUGCCCAAAGACUUGGACUACUAUGGCACCCUGCUUAAGAAGCUCGCACCUCCACUCGUCACUCUCCUCUCUGCUGAGCCUGAGCUGCAAUAUGUGGCUCUUAGAAACAUCAACCUCAUCGUACAGAGACGGCCGGAGAUCCUGAAACACGAGAUGAAGGUUUUCUUUGUAAAGUACAAUGACCCAAUUUAUGUCAAACUGGAGAAGCUGGACAUCAUGAUUCGCCUCGCAUCUCAAGCCAACAUCGCCCAGGUCCUGGCUGAGCUUAAGGAGUACGCCACUGAGGUGGAUGUGGACUUUGUACGCAAAGCGGUCAGAGCCAUUGGCCGCUGUGCCAUCAAAGUUGAGCAAUCAGCCGAGCGCUGUGUCAGCACACUGCUGGACCUCAUCCAAACCAAGGUUAACUAUGUGGUGCAGGAGGCCAUUGUGGUUAUCAAGGACAUCUUUCGCAAGUACCCCAACAAGUAUGAGAGUGUUAUUGCCACCCUGUGUGAAAACCUGGACUCCCUGGAUGAGCCGGAGGCUCGUGCCGCCAUGAUCUGGAUUGUGGGAGAGUAUGCUGAGCGCAUUGACAACGCUGAUGAGUUGCUGGAGAGCUUUUUGGAGGGUUUCCAUGAUGAAAGCACUCAGGUGCAGUUACAGCUGCUGACGGCGAUCGUCAAGUUGUUCCUGAAAAAGCCCACCGAGACCCAGGAGCUGGUGCAGCAGGUGUUAAGUCUAGCCACACAGGAUUCCGAUAACCCAGACCUCAGGGACCGCGGCUACAUCUACUGGCGUCUGCUCUCGACAGACCCUGUGGCUGCCAAGGAGGUGGUUCUGGCUGAGAAGCCCCUGAUCUCUGAGGAGACGGAUCUGAUUGAGCCCACACUUCUGGAGGAGCUCAUCUGCCACAUUGGUACUCUGGCCUCUGUCUACCACAAGCCUCCCAGUGCGUUUGUUGAGGGUAGCCGUGGUGUUCAGCACAAGAGAAUCCCUGGCAAUCUUGGAUCUGGCGAGAGUGUUGAGAGCCCAGAUAACGGUUCUGCUGCUGGAGUUACUGAGGCGCCUCCUGCUGUCAUCCCAUCCCAGGGAGACCUCCUCGGAGAUCUGCUUAACCUGGACCUGACGCCUCCUACCACCACCGGACCACCACCCAUCUCUUCUGGGAUGCAGAUGGGUGCUAUGGACCUUCUUGGCGGUGGACUGGACAGCCUGAUUGGCGGAGACCUUGGAGGAAAUCCUGCUAUGGGGGCUGGAUUUGGUGCACCUCCAGCUGUGAUGCCAGCCUCUUUCAAUGCCCCCGUUAGCGUCGGUCUGGAUGACCUGUUUGAUCUCGGAGGUGGAGUUGGUAUGCCUAUGGGAGCCUUCAACCCCCCGAAAACAGUUUGGCUUCCAGCCAUGAAGGCCAAGGGUCUGGAGAUAUCGGGCACUUUUGUCCGCCGUGCGGGGGUCAUCCAAAUGGAGAUGAACCUCACUAAUAAAGCUAUGAGUGUCAUGACUGAUUUUGCCAUCCAGUUUAACAGAAACAGCUUUGGUCUCGCUUCGGCUGGUCCCCUUCAGAUUCUCACUCCUCUUAGCCCGAACCAGAGUAUUGAAGCUGCUCUUCCCCUCAGCACUGUGGGACCUGUCAUGAAGAUGGAGCCUCUCAACAACCUACAGGUGGCUGUUAAGAACAACAUUGAUGUAUUCUACUUCAGCUGCCAGUACCCCAUCAGCAUGCUGUUUGUGGAGGAUGGGAAGAUGGAGCGACAGGUGUUCCUUGCCACAUGGAAAGACAUUCCUAAUGACAACGAGUCCCAGUUUCAGAUCAAAGACUGCCAUCUCAACUCAGAUGCCGCCUCCAACAAACUGCAGAGUAGCAACAUCUUCACCAUAGCCAAGCGCACAGUGGAGGGUCAGGACAUGCUCUACCAGUCCAUGAAACUCACCAAUGGCAUCUGGGUGCUGGCUGAGCUGAGGGUGCAGGCAGGAAACCCAAACUACACGAUCUCUCUGAAGUGCAGAGCUCCAGAGGUUUCCCAGUGCGUUUUCCAGAACUACGAGUCGGUGCUGAAGAACUGACCGCCGCCCCAGGUCGACCCGCCGCUGGCCUCAGACUCCUCGCCCCGUCUCUUGCUCUCCGUCACCGCACCCCCCCCAACCAUAUGACAACCCAAUGCAGUGCAAGGGCCACUUCCUGCUGCGUUGGCACUCUGUCAAUCCAGAUGUCAAAUUGGGAUGUUUCAUGAUCCAAGUCCCAUUUUGAUCCAUCACUGGAUGAUUUUUCUUUCUGAAGACUGCAGAAAAUCCUGGUUCACGGUCCUGGUUUGCCAUGUUCCGUCCCCCCUUUGUAUGUUUCUUAUACAAGAAGAUUCAGUUUCAGAACAUCAUCUUAAGAUAUAUUUUCUGGCUGCUCACCGUCACAUUGUUGGUCCUCCGCUCUGUGAUGACCGGUGUUCUUUAGGGGACAGACUGCUGUAUUCCCGUGAGUUUUCUCUGCAUGAGGCUUUUUAAUCAUUAUCAAGCUUCACUUCUCUGCAAAUUGGAGUCUAUUUUUAGCGUCUGCAAUUAGCAGGUAAAUCACUGUCUGCAUAUUUAUUUGGCGUACUUUCAAGAAAAAAAGGCUUUAACUUUCCUCACCCUUUCCCCAGUGUGAAGUGGCUGUGGGCCAUAGAAAAGACAUAGAUACUUACAAACUACAUUAUUGUUGUCUUUGUCAUUUUUACAGUUUUCUUUAGUGUCUCUGGAUCUUCUGCUAUCCAUAAGAGCAGACUGUGCAUGGAAGCUGUUUGUUGCUGUCAGUUCUUUAUUUUUGCCACCAACAUCUGGCCAUUUUAGAGACGAGCAGCAGUCCUUCACUGCCUGCUCUUUUCCUUAGUCAUUCCAUGGUUUGAUUUGUGUGUGUGUGUGUGUGUGUGUGUGUGUGCGUGCGUGUGCGUGUGUGGACUUGUUGGUGUUCAUUUGGCAAGCGGAGAGAGCCUCAGGUGUUGAGGAAUUUGUAUUUGCUGCUUCCCCUCCAGCGUCAGUGACAGUCACUCGGGCUCUCUUGCCCACUUGGCUCUCUCUCUCGCAGCCCCUCCAGUAACACGGCCACCUGAGAUGAAGGCUCAUGUGAGAUAACUCUAAACGUAUGAUGCCAUGGUUUGUAACUUCUGAGUAAUAAGUAUAGGUGCAGCACACUGUCUACAUCCAGUGUCUCUGUUUUACCUGCAGACUCGACCAGAUUAAUUGGAUUCCUUUGUACCGAGUCAUUACACUGAAGCCCUUUUUAUCGGCUCUACAGGAUGUGUGCUCCCACGCUAAGCGCUUAUAAAGAUUACAACAGAGGUGGCUGUGUAUUCUGAGCCUGUUUUUGUGUGUGGCGACGACCGAUUAAUUUGAAAUGCUGUAAAAAAAUUAAUUCCGAGAAAGAAAAUGUUAAAUCAUAA